CCUAUUUCUACCAAAAAACCAAACCUUCUCCCCUUCCCUCUCUUCCUCACAUCUCCUUCCCCUCUUCUCUCUCUCUCUGUCUGGUAAAUACCAAAUCGCAAUUCCAUUUUAACUCAUAUAAAUACAAAUCCCAAUUGAAAUCCAGAACACUGUCAGUAAAUUUAUAACAAAGAAGAGAGAAAGGGAAGAAGGAAGGGGAAAAAAGGGGAAGAAAGAAAAGAGAAAGAGAACCAAAAAGGGGAGAGAGCCUUAGCUGCUCACACCCUCUUCUUAUUCUUUUGUUGUUGUUGUUGUGAGGCCUUCAGAUCUUGAGAUUCUCUCUCAACUCUCCCCCUCAUCUGGGUUCUCUUUCUCUUUGAUCAAUCAAUCAGUUCUUUUCUUUGUUCUUCUGGGUUCUUCUUCCCCACACAGGAAGAAAGGGGAAACAUUAAGGAAAAGAGGAGAGAAAAAACUGAAAAGCCUGCUCCUUUUUGGGUAAUUGCUAUCUGCGUUUUUGGAUCUUAUUAGUUAUUACACAUUUCUUCGUCGAGGCUUUUGUCUUCCCUUCAUUUGGAUUACUGGGUGGCGAUCGGUUUCCUUUUGGCCUCAUCCUACUUUUCGAUCAAUCAGUUAAGAGUUCGUAAAGCCUUUCUGGAUUGAAUCCAAGAGUACCCACUUGAGAUAGAGAGACAUCCCUGUAUAUAAACAUCUGAGUGAGCUUUUUUUUCUGCUUGAUAUCUGCGGCAAGGAUUUGGAAAUGGAUCUCGGAAAGCUGUUCAUUGGUGGGAUUUCAUGGGACACCAAUGAAGACCGUCUGAGAGAGUAUUUCCAGGUAUUUGGGGACGUUUUGGAAGCUGUGAUUAUGAAGGAUCGGUCCACCGGUAGAGCCCGUGGCUUCGGCUUUGUUGUCUUUGCUGACCCUGCUGUUGCUGAACGAGUUGUGAUGCAGAAGCACCUCAUAGAUGGUCGAAAUGUUGAGGCGAAGAAAGCUGUGCCUAGGGACGAUCAGAACAUUCUGAACCGAACCAGCAACAACAGCAGCCUUCAUGGAUCGCCUGGUCCAGCUCGGACCAAGAAAAUAUUCGUAGGAGGUUUAGCAUCGACAGUGACAGAGACUGACUUCAAGAAUUACUUUGAUCAGUUUGGAACAAUCACUGAUGUUGUUGUCAUGUACGACCACAACACUCAAAGGCCAAGAGGUUUUGGGUUCAUCACCUUCGACUCAGAAGAAGCUGUGGAUAAAGUGCUGUACAAGACAUUCCAUGAACUCAAUGGCAAAAUGGUUGAGGUGAAACGGGCAGUUCCAAAGGAACUAUCCUCAUCUGGUCCGACCAGGUCGAACCAGUUUGCUGGAUAUAACUACGGAAUUACCAGAGUCAAUAGCUUCCUCAAUAGCUACUCUCCUCAGGCACACAAUCCAACUUCUCUUAGAAUGGAUGCUAGGUUCAUGCCGGUCACUGCAAGUCGAAGCAGCUUUUCUCCAUUCAAUAGCGGGUAUGGAUCAGGUCUAAAUUUCGAGCAAGGUCUGAGUCCAAGUUACGGUGGCAACUCAAACCUUGGGUCAAACAUUGGGUUCGGCCGGUUGAGUCCUUCAUACAGUGGCAAUUCGAACAGGUACUGGAGCCCCAUUGGCUAUGGAGGUGGAAAUAAUUCGGGCUUGAAUCCUGUUUCUCGUACUUUAUGGAGCAAUGAUAGCAUUUCUCAAAAUGCAAACUCAAACGGUGGUGGCUGGAACUCGGGACUCAGUUCCUUUUCUGGAGCUCUUUGGGAUUCCUCAGUGAAUGCAGGGCCAGGUGGCGGUUUGGGCCCCGCGUAUAACAAUGUUGCUGGAGGAGAGUUUAGUAUUGGACCAGGAGGAGGAGGAUAUGGGAGAAACAGUGGGGCCGGUUUUGCACCUGUGGCAUCGCGUGCUGCUGCUGCAAAUGGAGGUUAUGAUAGGACGGCUUAUGCUGACAUUUACGAUAAUAGUUCGCUCUAUGGAGAUUCUUCCUGGAGAUCCUCAACUUCCGAGUUGUUUGAUUCCGGAAUUGGAAAUGCAGCUUCGGAUGUUAUUACCAAGAAUACUGCAGCUUAUGCUGGUGGUUAUGGCAUUGCUGAUAGACAGUCAGAUAGAGGUAAGUUCACGCCUUUGCUCAAUAUGAACAUGCUUGAAUUGCUGCUUAGGAUGAAAACAAAGAUUGCUGCUGUUGGUGAAAGAGUACAUCAUCAACAUUUGAAGUAAAUGUGGUACAUUACAUGUUUCUUGGACCUGAAGUUUACUUUCUUACCUUUUUUUUCCUUACCCCCCUUUGAUGUUUAUGUGAGGAGGAACUUGAGAUUAGAGCUAAUCAAUUUAUCGACGAUAUGGUUAGAGAGCAGAGCAGGAGAGAACAAUUCAGUCAGGAGGAAUUUCUUGUGUAAGGUUUGAGCUUUGAGGAGGAGUUUUUUCUUCUUUUUUUUUGUUUUGUUAUCGUCUUAUUUUACUAUAUAUAGUGGUUUUAAUUUCCUUUUCUCCUUCCCAACUUGGGAAUAUCUGGAACUCUUAAGAUGUAAAAUCAGGAGUUUGUGGGUAUACAUCAGAGAUACUGUAUCAGUGUUGACAGAGAUACAGAAGGCCACCCAAAAAAAAAAAAAGAUAUGAACAUGAAGAACAGUGUUUUGUUUGGGUGUUUUUUUUCCUUCAUUUUUUACUCUUUUAGUUAUUUUCUUUGGGUAUUGGGUUCUUCAAGUUCUUCAUGUGGCAGCAGAAAACUGUUUAGUCCUUGUCAAGUGCGGAUUUGGGUUCUUAAUUAGGGUUUGUACAAGUUGAUUGUUUUUCACUAGUUAAGAGGGAUAGUUACUACUUUCCAUUCCCUCUUCUGGAAAUAAUAAUUUUUACAGAAUACUGAUUUAUGUCCAUCGCUCCAUUAUUUUUUGUUGGGGAUAGUAUUUACUAAUUCAGCAUUUUCUUUCGAGUUCGGUGUAGCCCUACCUAAUAAAAGUUUAGAAUCUUUAUUGUCAAGGAAAUAAAAAGUGAGAAGUGAU